CGAAAUCCACUCCGUCUGACAGUUAGUAAACCAUCGUCUCCUCCGCCGCGUCUCUGGUAGCGGGAGUUUAAUUGAUCUGAGUUUGCGGGGAUACUGAGAAAGAUCGAAUUUGACAGUUGUGAUAGACAAUGGGGAAUGUCCUACCGAAGCGGUGUUUUCAGCCUAAGGAUAACUCUAAAGGUGAUGGGGAUGAGUCAGACCCUCAACAUAAAUUAGCUGGAGGAAAUGUUCAAUUAGUAACUACAGAAGAAGAAUGGAAGCUGAAGAUGGAAGAAGCAAAGAAAGAUGGCAAACAGGUUGUUGCUAAUUUUAGUGCUUCAUGGUGUGGUCCGUGUCAAGAAAUUGCACAGCUAUACGCUGAGCUUUCAGAGAAAUAUCCUUCUUUGAUGUUUCUGACUGUCGAUGUUGAUCAACUUACCGAUUUCAGCACAGCCUUGGAUAUUAAAGCAACCCCGACCUUCUUCUUCUUCAAACCCGUACAAGGAGAAGAUGAACCGGUAAUCAAUAAAGAUAAAACGGCGAAACUAGUUGGAGCCAACAAGGGGGAGCUGAAAAAGAAGAUAACAGAAAUUGUAGACACCCCAACUCCAUCUGAGAAAUAAAUAGUAGCCAAUGUGUGGUGGGCCUGCGAUGGAAAUGAAAUGGCUUUCUUCAAUUUCUCUUCUUUGCUCUGAAUGUGUAUUGCAAAAUUUCAUUAUUUUCCACUUUCCAGAAGAUAUCUCCUACAUAAUCUGGUA